CUUCGGCGUCCGCCGCCGCCGCCGCUGUCUCUUCCUCCUCCUUCGCCACCGCCGCUCGCAGCACCGCAGCCCCUCCCGCCAUGGCCGCCGCCGGCGCCCGGCGCAGCCCCGGCCCCAGCUCGGGGCUCCGGGGGCGGCUGAGGCUCGGUUUCCACCCGGCGCCGCCGCCGCUGCUGCUGUUCCUGCUCCUGCUGCCGCCGCCGCCGCUUCUGACCGGCGCCACCGCCGCCGCCUCGCGGGAGCCCGACAGCCCAUGCCGGCUCAAGACAGUCACGGUGUCCACGCUGCCUGCCAUGCGGGAGAGCGACAUCGGCUGGAGCGGCACCCGCGCCGGGGCCGGGAGUGGGACCGGGGCAGGAGCCGCCGCCGCGUCCCCGGGCUCCGCUGGCUCCGCGGGCACCGCCGCCGAGUCGCGCCUCCUGCUCUUUGUGCGUAACGAGCUGCCGGGGCGCAUCGCGGUGCAGGACGACCUGGACAACACAGAGCUGCCCUUCUUCACCCUGGAGAUGUCAGGCACGGCAGCGGACAUCUCGCUGGUGCACUGGAGACAGCAGUGGCUGGAGAACGGCACCUUGUACUUCCACGUCUCCAUGAGCAGCUCUGGGCAGCUGGCCCGGGCCACCGCCCCCACCCUCCAGGAGCCCUCAGAGAUUGUAAAGGAGCAGAUGCACAUCCUCCACAUUUCUGUGAUGGGUGGCCUCAUUGCACUGCUGCUGCUGCUGCUGGUGUUCACUGUGGCACUGUAUGCCCAGCGGCGCUGGCAGAAGCGUCGCCGCAUCCCCCAGAAGAGCGCCAGCACGGAAGCCACUCACGAGAUCCACUACAUCCCCUCCGUGCUGCUGGGUCCCCAUGCCCGGGAAAGCUUCCGCUCCUCCCGGCUGCAGGCCCACAAUUCCGUCAUCGGCGUGCCCAUCCGGGAGACCCCCAUCCUGGAUGACUAUGACUACGAGGAGGAUGAGGACCCACCCCGGCGGGCCAACCACGACUCCCGUGAGGAUGAGUUUGGCAGUCAGGUGACCCACACCCUGGACAGCCUGGGCCGACCAGGGGAAGAGAAAGGGGACUUUGAGAAGAAAGGGGGAAUCAGCUUUGGGAGAACCAAGGGGACGUCGGGUUCAGAGGCAGACGAUGAAACGCAGUUGACAUUCUACACGGAGCAGUACCGAAGCCGUCGCCGCAGCAAAGGUUUGCUGAAAAGCCCAGUGAACAAGACGGCCCUGAUGCUGAUCGCUGUGAGCUCCUGCAUCCUGGCCAUGGUGUGUGGCAGUCAGAUGUCCUGUCCACUCACUGUGAAGGUGACUCUGCAUGUGCCCGAGCACUUCAUUGCAGACGGGAGCAGCUUUGUGGUGAGUGAAGGGAGCUACCUGGACAUCUCUGACUGGUUAAACCCGGCCAAGCUGUCCCUGUAUUACCAGAUCAACGCCACCUCCCCAUGGGUGAGGGACCUCUGCGGACAGAGGACCACGGAUGCCUGUGAGCAGCUCUGCGACCCAGAAACCGGAGAGUGCAGCUGUCAUGAAGGCUACACCCCUGACCCGGUUCACAGACACCUGUGUGUGCGCAGUGACUGGGGACAGAGUGAAGGACCCUGGCCUUACACGACACUCGAGAGGGGCUAUGAUCUGGUGACAGGGGAGCAAGCCCCUGAAAAGAUUCUCAGGUCUACUUUCAGCUUGGGCCAAGGACUCUGGCUUCCUGUCAGCAAAAGCUUCGUGGUCCCACCCGUGGAGCUGUCCAUCAACCCCCUGGCCAGCUGCAAGACCGACGUGCUCGUCACAGAAGACCCUGCAGAUGUCAGGGAAGAAGCCAUGCUGUCCACAUACUUUGAAACCAUCAAUGACCUGCUGUCCUCCUUUGGGCCCGUCCGUGACUGCUCUCGGAACAAUGGGGGCUGUACUCGAAACUUCAAGUGUGUGUCUGACCGCCAGGUGGACUCCUCAGGAUGUGUGUGCCCUGAGGAGCUGAGGCCCAUGAAGGACGGCUCCGGCUGCUAUGAUCACUCCAAAGGCAUCGACUGCUCCGAUGGCUUCAACGGCGGCUGCGAGCAGCUGUGCCUGCAGCAAACACUGCCUUUGCCCUACGAUGCCACCUCCAGCACCAUCUUCAUGUUCUGCGGUUGUGUGGAGGAGUUCAAGCUGGCUCCUGAUGGAAAAUCCUGCCUAAUGCUCUCAGAUGUCUGUGAGGGCCCCAAGUGCCUCAAACCUGAUUCCAAGUUCAACAACACCCUCUUUGGAGAGAUGCUACAUGGUUACAACAACCGGACCCAGCAUGUGAACCAAGGCCAAGUCUUCCAGAUGACCUUUAGGGAGAACAACUUCAUCAAGGACUUUCCUCAGCUGGCCGACGGGCUGUCGGUGAUCCCGCUGCCAGUGGAGGAGCAGUGCCGGGGGGUCCUCUCCGAGCCCCUCCCAGACCUCCAGCUGCUCACCGGAGACGUCAGGUACGAUGAGGCCAUGGGUUACCCCAUGGUGCAGCAAUGGCGGGUCCGCAGCAACCUGUACCGCGUGAAGCUCAGCACCAUCACCCUCUCGGCAGGCUUCACCGACGUCCUCAAGAUCCUGACCAAGGAGAGCAGUCGGGAGGAGCUGCUAUCCUUCAUCCAGCACUACGGCUCGCACUACGUCGCAGAAGCCCUCUAUGGCUCCGAGCUCACCUGCGUCAUCCACUUCCCCAGCAAGAAGGUCCAGCAGCAGCUGUGGCUCCAGUAUCAGAAAGAGACCACGGAGUUGGGCAGCAAGAAGGAGCUCAAGUCCAUGCCCUUCAUCACCUACCUCUCAGGCCUGCUGACAGCCCAGAUGCUGUCUGAUGACCAGCUCAUCUCAGGUGUGGAGAUCCGCUGUGAGGAGAAAGGCCGCUGUCCAUCUACCUGCCACCUUUGCCGCCGACCGGGCAAGGAGCAGCUGAGCCCCACACCGGUGCUCCUGGAAAUCAACCGUGUGGUACCACUUUACACUCUCAUCCAGGACAAUGGCACCAAAGAGGCCUUCAAGAGUGCACUGAUGAGCUCCUACUGGUGCUCGGGGAAAGGGGACGUGAUCGAUGACUGGUGCAGGUGUGACCUCAGCGCCUUUGAUGCCAGUGGGCUCCCCAACUGCAGCCCUCUCCCGCAGCCGGUGCUGCGGCUCUCCCCAGCAGUAGAGCCCUCCAGCACCGUGGUCUCCUUGGAGUGGGUCGAUGUUCAGCCAGCUAUUGGGACCAAGGUCUCUGAUUAUAUUCUGCAGCACAAGAAAGUGGAUGAAUACACAGAUACGGACCUCUACACAGGAGAAUUCCUGAGUUUUGCCGAUGACUUACUCUCUGGCCUGGGUACAUCUUGUGUAGCAGCUGGUCGAAGCCAUGGAGAGGUCCCUGAAGUCAGUAUCUACUCCGUCAUCUUCAAGUGUCUGGAGCCCGACAGUCUCUACAAGUUCACUCUCUAUGCGGUGGAUACACGAGGGAGGCACUCAGAGCUCAGCACAGUGACCCUGAGGACCGCCUGUCCGCUGGUAGAUGACAAUAAAGCAGAAGAGAUAGCUGACAAGAUCUACAAUCUGUACAAUGGGUACACAAGUGGGAAGGAGCAGCAGACUGCCUACAACACACUGAUGGACGUCUCCGCCUCCAUGCUGUUUCGAGUCCAGCACCACUACAACUCUCACUAUGAGAAGUUCGGUGACUUUGUCUGGAGGAGUGAGGAUGAGCUGGGGCCCAGGAAGGCCCACCUGAUCCUGCGGCGUCUGGAGAAGGUGAGCAGCCACUGUUCCAGCCUCCUCCGAAGCGCCUACAUCCAGAGCCGCGUGGACACCGUGCCCUACCUUUUCUGCCGCAGCGAGGAGGUCCGGCCUGUGGGUAUGGUGUGGUACAGCAUCCUCAAGGACACCAAAAUCACAUGCGAGGAGAAGAUGGUGUCCAUGGCCCGAAACACGUAUGGGGAGUCCAAGGGCCGGUGAGGGAGGGUGCUGCCCUCCGUGAGCACAGAGACUCUCCGUGGGAGGGGGAGCGGUGCUCUCGUGGAUCCUGGCGCCUGGGUGGGCUGGGGGACAGCUGAGGACGGGCCUGGCAGAUAAGGCCUGCCAGCAAGGCCAAAGCAAACUCCUUCUCUUGUGGAUAGCCGACAGAGAACUUUGUAACCACUGGAAUUAUUCAUUUCCCCCUAUCUUUUAUUUUUUUCUAAGAUCUUAUUUGACUCUAUCAAAGUCUCUCCUUUUUAAACACUUUCUUCUGGAUGGUGGUCAAUCCCGAGGCAGGAGCUUUUCAGGUGGAGACCAAGAGGCCUUUCCCCUUCUUCCUCCCUCCUGCUACACUCAGCUUCCUUCCUGCCGCGGACCCCAGGAGGAGACGACAGACCUAUGGAGAGACAACUGGACCUCUUCAGCAUCAGGAGGGCAUCCCCGAGGAUUGUUGCAGUGAGGAAGCUUGGGUCUCUAGGACUUUGUUUUUCGGACGCGUUUGAGUCUGCAGGACCCCUGCCUCUUCCUGCUGCCUGUGGGUCUGCCCAGAGUCCCUGCAGGGCUCUCCAUGCAUUAAAAAUUCCUAUUGUCUCUCUUU